AGAGGGCGCCUAAAAGAGGUCCCUGGUGACGUGUAUGCUCGACAGCGAUAUGUGAAAGUAAACGAAACGGAGGAAAUAAAACAUUCCAUAACUUUUAUUCACAGGCUUUUUACCGUGGUUUUGGUGGCGUCUUUACCCGUCACUGAAGAUGGAUACGCUUUAUCAUCAGACCAAUAAACAAAUUCAGGAAGUGCAGUCUCACAUGGGACGACUGGAGACAACAGACCGACAGUCAGUCCACUUACUUGAGAAUGAACUUCAAGAAAGAAUCGAUCAGAUCUUUAGUCUGCUGGAGCGACUUGAGAUACUAGCCAGUAAAGAGCCACCAAACCGCCGACAAAAUGCCAAACUGCGUGUUGAUCAGUUGAAGUAUGAUGUGCAGCAUCUUCAGACAGCCCUGAGGAACUUCCAGCACAGACGAUAUGCUCGCGAGUCUCAGGAGAGAGAAAGAGAGGAGCUCUUGAGCCGAAGCUUCACAACGAACGAUGCAGACACCUCUAUCCCUAUUGAUGAAACCCUGCAGUUUAAUAGCAGUCUACAAAACGCUCACAGAGGCAUGGAUGACCUGCUGGGCUCCGGCUCCAGCAUCCUUAAUGGCCUUAGAGACCAGAGGGGCACGCUUAAGGGUACCCAUAAGAAGAUGUUGGAUGUUGCAAACAUGCUGGGCUUGUCGAACACAGUCAUGCGUUUGAUUGAGAAACGAGCAUCGCAGGACAAGUUCAUCAUGAUGGCUGGAAUGCUGGCUACUUGCUUUGUCAUGUUCCUGGUGGUGAAAUACCUCAGCUGAAGUCUCCCAGCUUGAGCCGACCCUGCUGCUCGAUUGCGUCAGUGGAUCAGUCUGGUUUUCAUGCCACAUGCAUCCCAUCUCUGAAAAAUGCACAGAUGAAAGAAAAUUACAGAACUGCCUCUUUUCAGGAUGACUGCCACUCUCAACAUCAGAAAAUAUUUUGUGUCUCUAAGUCUUUCCUCUUCAACUGUGUUUUUAAAGACUUUGAAUUAUUUCGUAACUAUCCUCUCAGUUGAUUCUAAAUUAAAGAACAGCAACACAAAUGUGCUGAUUGUGUUAGAGUCUAGAAUGAACUAAAUCCUUUAUUCUCGCUGGUAUUAUAGAAGUAUUAAAGCAAAUAACAAUAAAAAAAUGUAAUGGUUAGAGAAUUGGUCUGUUAUCUGGCUCUUCAUUGCCACCUUCUGGACAACACAUCAAAAAUGUUUUGGUUAUUCAGUGCUUUGUACUGUUUUGUUCAUAAUGCUUCUAACCUGUAAAUACAAAUGUGCAAUAAACUUCAGCCGCUCUGAAAUGUAAAACUCUA